UGGCACGCCCCCACCCCUGCACCCCCUACCUUGGCACCUCUGCCGAUCCAUGAGCUGGAAUAGGUACUCGUGAAUAUUGCUCCAUUGGACUUCGGACCGGGCUCUUUUAGACAUGGGGAAACAGAGUCAUGGCGGAGGCCUGAGCUCUGCGCUGGGAUGUGAUGUGAUGGGAUGUGCCCUAUAUAAUUCAUUUCCGAGGAACAAGGUGGAUGGCAUGGUUAUGCGCUAUGCUACGGAUUUCGUACUUCAUUCCAACUACCUAAACUAUGGCCUCCCUCGCGUUCCCCUCGAUCGCCAAAAAGGCAACCCUCUCUGAUGGCACCACCUACGGCUACGUUGCCGUGGCCCCGGCGGACCCCAAGAAACCGACCUUUCUCCUCCUUCACGGCUAUCCCAGCUCGAGCUAUGACUGGCGUAACCAGAUCCAGAGCCUGCCGGCGGCCGGAUUCGGUGUCAUUGUGCCUGAUCUUCUAGGCUACGGGGACACCGACGCACCAGCCGACGUCGACGCGUACCGUAUGAAGACCAUGACGCAACAUAUCGCCGAGAUUCUAGACAGAGAGGGCGUUUCGCGCUGCUUUGCUGUAUCCCACGACUGGGGCUCUGCUCUCCUCUCCCGCCUAGUGACGUAUAUACGGAGCCGUUUGUAUGGCGCUGUGUUUGUUUCUGUUGGCUACGUGGAACCCAAGCUGGUCUGGGACAUCGAUGCACUGCUUGCAUUGACCCGGAAGGCGGUUGGUUAUGAGACGUACGGCUAUUGGCCUUGGCACAACUCGGAAGAAGCGGCCAAGGACUGCGACGAGCACCCUGCCUCGGUAUUCAGUCUCAUCUACCCCAGCGACCCCGAGGAUUGGAAGAAGAAUUUCGCGCCGCUGGGGGAGGCCCAGAGGUACGUGCGACGGGGCCGGCUUGACCCGCUCCCUUCUUGGUACAGCUUAGCCGAAUACACGAUGCGCGACAGGGUCAUCAGCAAGAAGGGGUACAGGGGUCCCCUGAACUGGUACAAGGCGGCGAUGCGGGGAAUCAACCUCGCCGACGAGGAGGGCAUUGCCGAUGAGGGCCUGUUCUGCGAUGUGCCGACCCUGCUGGUGGUCAGCGACCGGGAUUACGUGACGCGGGCCGACAUGCAGAGCGAGCAGACGUCGAAAUGGGCGAAGCGGUUGCGCAUCGAGACGAUGCGAGAUUGUGGCCAUUGGAUCCAGCUGGAGCGCCCCGACGAUCUGCAGGCUCUCCUCGAGGAGUUUGUCGAGGGGUGCCAGUACGAGUAGGGGGUUGUGGGAGGAGGAGAGGGAGGAGGGGUGGCGAGAGAGCAACGGCUCAGAAGUGGGGGAAGGAUUUCGGGGGGUGGGGGGAAGGGGCGAGAGGAUGCGACCUGUUUGUUUGUUGAGUCACAUUAUUUCUUUUCCUGGCCAAGUUCAACGACCCGGGGUUACUCGCGAUGGUUUCCAUCUCGUCGGUUGGUGUCGCGAUUGAUUGAAUUUGAUGUUGAGGCUGGCGAUUGAUUGAACUUGGUGUGGAGAAAGUUCGCGACAAGAGUCGUGGUUUAACUAACUGUAUUGGGCCUAGUUACCCCAUCCUUCUAGCCAAAGCACUCCGUGCAAUUAGCGGGGUCGAAGUUCAAUCAUCUCCUGCUUGUAUCCGGACCGUUC